AUUAACACAGUGGCUUGGUUUAAUUGCAGAUUGGCAAAAGAAAAAGUUAUGUAUGAAAAAGAAGCAAAACAGCAAGAAGAGAAGAUUGAAAAAAUGAAAGCUGAAGCAUGUGAUGAUUAUGGAAUUAAGAAGCAGAUUGAGAUCUUACAAGAGUCACGAAUGAUGAUUCCAGACUGUCAGCGCAGAUUAGAAGUUGCACAUGCAGAUCUUACUCAACUACUAGAAAAUGAGAAAGAAUUGGAAGAAGCUGAAGAGUAUAAAGAAGCACGUUCCAUACUGGAGUCAGUGAAGCUGGAAGCCUAGAAGUUUUUCAGUACUUUCUUUAUAUGCAUUAGCACUGGGUCCAUUCCACACUUUGAUUUGACUAUGGCUCUAUUACUAUUGUUGACUUGCUAAGGUUCCCUUUAUGCAAACCAGCCUUUCUCUAACUGCAAGAUGCAUCAAAUAAAAGAUGUUCUGAAACA